CCAUCGCUUUAGUAUCAGGAUUCAUCGGUUCUUCUGCAGGCUAGGGAAAGGUAUGCUGAGCAGCCGUGGACACUACCAACUUUAGCUGCAGGGGGGUGGUCCACGCUUGGUUAAAUGUAAACACCUCGACCGUACAAAGAUAGCACAACCUCUGCGUUGCUUUUAAAAACUGAGGGAAAGAGGCGCCGUGUAGCAGACGCGUUUCCGGCCGAUUCCUUUGGAGUUUGUCACCCCUCUUACAGACGGUUGGGAAAUUCCCUCCACAUGUAUAGUGAUUUGUGAGAGUUGGGGAGCCCGAUGGGGUUGAGUUUGCAGCACGGGAUCAUGUGCUAGACUGGGGAGCACAGAGAAGAACCAAAGCGAGAGUUACAUGGAGGAAGGUGUGUUUGGAAAUACUUUGGGAAUACGCGGCAUUACCGUCACCAAGAAGAAUCGGGCACUGGGGCUGCUGUGUGUUUGUGUGGUGUGACUGUGUGUUGAUCCAGGAGAAACCGCUGGUGUCAAACAGUCAGGUUGAGAUUCUCAGAUCACCGGGUCUGAUUGUGUGUGUGUAUGUAUGCAUGUUUUUUAUUUUUUUUAUGUGUGUGUGAGAGUUAUCUGAUCCCAUCGUGACUGGGAGGUACUCAGGGGUGGAGCUCCAGUGAGGGGCACUGAUCUACAGGCUGCAGCCUCUCAAACAUGAGCAAACUGACUUUCCACAAUAACAAGACGAUGCAGGACCGCCGGUGUGUGUGUGUGUUCCUCCCGAAUGAUGAAACGCUCAACGUCAUAGUCAGUGUUAAGACUGUGUGUCAGGAGUUGCUGGUGCAGGUCUGUGAUAUGCUCAGGUUGAAGGACUGUCACCUGUUCGGCCUCAGUGUUAUUCAGAACAAUGAACACAUAUACAUGGAACUGGGACAGAAACUCUCCAAAUACUGUCCAAAAGAGUGGAAACGGGAAGCCAGCAAGGGAAUUGACCAGUUUGGACCUCCAAUGAUUGUUCACUUCAGAGCACAGUAUUAUGUUGAAAAUGGCAGACUUAUCAGUGAUCGUGUGGCACGGUAUUAUUACUAUUGGCACUUGCGGAAGCAGAUACUGCAGUCUCAGUGCAUCCAGAGAGAAGAGGCUUAUUUCCUUAUGGCUGCAUUUGCGCUGCAGGCUGACCUGGGAAACUUCAAACGGAACAAACACUUUGGUGCCUAUUUCCAGCCGGAAGCAUAUUUUCCCUCCUGGGUAAUUGCAAAGAGAGGAUGUGACUAUAUUCUCCGUCAUAUCCCAAACAUGCACAAAGAGCAGUUUGCUCUUACAGCGUCAGAGGCCCAGCUGAAAUACAUAAAGGAAGCAGCACUCUUAGACGACGUGACUGUUCAUUUUUACCGCCUUUACAAGGAUAAAAAAGAGCUGGAUGCUUCUUUAACUCUGGGACUGACCUUACGUGGGAUUCAGAUUUUUCAGAAUGUGGGAACUGUCAGGCAACUCUUGUAUGAUUUUCCCUGGACCAACGUGGGGAAGCUGGUGUUUGUGGGGAAGAGGUUUGAGAUUCUUCCUGAUGGUUUACCUUCAGCCAGGAAGCUCAUCUACUACACAGGCUGUCCUCUGCGCUCACGACACCUUCUCCAGCUGCUCAGCAACAGCCACCGAUUGUAUAUGAACCUGCAGCCUUUGCUGAAACAGGUUCGGCGACUGGAGGAAAAUGAAGAAAAGAAGCAGUACAGGGAGUCAUAUAUCAGCGAUGCUCUGGAGGCGGACAUGGAUCAUUUGGAGCAGCGUUCACGUGCCAGCGGCAGCAGUGUUGGCAGCAUGUCACGACCCAAUCCCUUUUCAAGACACUCCACCACGAGUCAUGGCAGCUCCCGCACAUCCGGCGUCGACACUGACAGUUUCCGAACACCUACCAACACACCCCACCGACCGCUGAGAACACACUCGUCUUCCAACACCAGUCAUGCCAGCACACACACGUCUGGCAUCGAGAGCAGCAGCAAGGAGCACUGCCUGGAUGAAGAUGAGAUUGAGAUGCUGGUUGAUGAUCCGAAAAGUUGUGAAGAUCUACACGAUUUAGAUCUAAACCAGGAACUGUGUAUUCACAUCACAGAGGACAUGCUGUCAGCACAGAACAAUGGAUGCUCUGGGUUAGUGGUGAAGGAAGUCAGUUCUUCCACAUCCAGCUCAUCAGAGACCAUCGUGAGAAUGAGGGGCCAGAGCAUCGAAUGUCUUCCCCAGACGGCGACGGGCAUGAAGGGCCAGGGCUCUGCAGACCGGCACAGCCAAUCACUGGAUGAUGUUCGUCUGUUCCAGAGGAACUGUCAGGAGUGGACGGAGCUUUGCCAGGACACCGCACAUAGCUAUACAUUUGGCUGCGAGCCAGACCUCGGGGACACGGUCGGUUGCGGGUACCAGGGACUUGCAGAUCAGUGCACAGGCAUCCGGAAUAACCAGCAUGCGUUUCCCAUCAAGAGAACCAGCAAGUAUUUUUCUCUGGAUCUGGACAGAGAAGAUCUGACCACAGAACACUUAACCACCGAAGCAGAACCAGAAUUCGUGGUUUAAGGCAGAGAGUAUUGAAAAGAGCCUCAGAACAAAUUAAAAGGGAAAAAAUUCUGUCAGGUUGUUACAAACCCAUCUUAUUUUUUCUGUGGAACACAAGAAGAGAAAAAAAGAGAAGUUCUGAUAACCGUUGUUGUUGCACUUUUCCAGGCUGGUAAAAUAAAAAGAAGUUGUAAAUCUUCUGUGUUAUAGACCUUAGUCAGGGUAGGGACAUGAUGGGAGGAAUGAAAAUGAGGUUGCAAGGGUUGAAAGUACAGUGUGUUUAAUGGUCUGUACUCUUAUUUAAUAACAUCUAGAACACUUUAAGAAGACAAAAACAUUUGAAAGUUGUAAGAAUUCCACAUGAUCUAGGAAACCAUUUUGAAGACUGUAAGUCUAUCACUACAGCCUCGUUUCCAGCCAUGUAUAUCCAAAAAGGAAAAUUCUGUUGUCAUUUACUCAUGUCAACGUUGUUCCAAUUUUUUUUCUUCUGCCGAACACAAAAGAAGAUAUUGGGAAGAAUGCUGAUAACAAAACAGUUUGGGUUCCCAUUGAUUUCCAUUGUGUUUUUUGUCCAUAUAAUGUAAGGGAACAGCAUUAUAUAAAUUAUAAAUAAAUUAUUUUGUGUUCCACAGAAGAAAGCCACACAGGUUUGAAAUGACAUGAGGGUGAGUACUGUGAAUGAUAACAAAAUUUCCAUUUGUGGGUGAACUUCAUUUAAAUUCAGUAUGGCAUCUACUCUGACUAUGGUCUGUGUUUCAGAUCUCCUAAAGACAUAUACUAGUUUUAUGAAUGGAUGUUGCUAUUUUGUCAUUUUUUAGAAGUUUGAAAUUUAUGAAUUUAAUUUCAUUAUAUGGAAAAGAGCAGCAUGAACAAUCUGCUAAACAUCUCCUUUUGUGUCCCACAGAAGGAAGAAAAAAUGUACAGACUGAUAGUAAAUGAUAGAAUUUUUCUUUUUUUUAUGUGAACUAUCCCUUUAAGGUCAUUUAGUAUGUGUGUGCGUGUAUCCAAAACAAGAGAAUCUGCAAUAUCCUAAUGCCAAAAUACUAAAAUCUAGAAAAAUCUGCCUUACCAAAGUUUCCAAAAGUCUGUGUGCGUGUGCGUGUGUGUGCUGCCCUUAGUAAACCCUUCAGUGCCUUAAAUUCACUAUGCAGGUUGAGUGCAGAAACUAAUGUUCACUCCUGUUUACUUCCACCCUUGGCUUCAAGGAAGCGCCCCAGUCUCGACUCCAAGAAUAACACUAAACCUAAUGAGCUUUUUGGGAUUGUGGUAAGUGAAUCAUGUGAGCAUCAUAAUCAGAGGGCUCAGUGCCGGGUGUGCCGCCCCGCAGGAUGAACGACUGAUGGGAUUUCAGGCCGUUGAGGCUCUUGAUUUAGAGCCGUUUGCACACAGCCGAUACUGUUGGUGAUCAAGGGGGAAAAAUCCGUCUUCCAUAGACUUUUCAUUACAGUUUCCCAUUUUCUUUAUACGUCUGAUGAUUAUCUGUCAAACUGGAAGGUUAUUUCUUUAUGUAGUUUUAUAAAGAAAGACUAUGUGUGUGUGUGUUUUAAUGGUGUGUUGCCUGUCAGUAUUAAGCUGUUAAUGGGAGACAGUAUUAGAAACCUUAUGUAUAGGUUGCAACAUGCAAUUCUUCCAUUUAAACAAAAAAAGAGAGUGUAUGGACACUCAAUAAAAAGGAAGGUAGACACUACAGAUGAAGAAUCAGUGCAGUAAACCCACUUUCAAUUAAAAGCUCCUCUUUUUUGCAUGGACGGUUUGGAUUAACAGCACUUAAAAGCUCAUGUGCAUGCGGGCCUUCGUGUUCUGCUAAACAUUAGUGCAGUCCCUAUAGAGACCCUCACCCAUCUUCACAUUCACCUCUCUGCCCCUUUGUAAAGCAGCAAAACAUUUGAAGCUAUCUUAUAAUAAUUAGGGCCCGAGCACCGAGGUGCGAGGACCCUCUUGUAUCUGCUUUGUUUUUUAUUAUUAUUAUUCUUCUUCUUCUUCUUCUUCUUCUUCUCCCGAAUGAAUCGCAUUUUUGAGGGCUUUAACAUGCUCAAAAAGUCAUGAAACUUUGCACACGCGUCAAACCUGGUGAAAAUUUUCGUCUGAUAUAGGAUUCAGAAGAGGGUGUGGCAAAAUGGCUCGACAGCGCCACCUAUACCAAGAAAAUCAACAGCCUUCCAGCUAUGUUUCACGUACAUGCACGAAAAUUGGCACACAUAUGUAACACACCAAUACCUACAAAAAAGACUCUUGGAGCGAAAUUCUAAACCCAACAGGAAGUCGGUUAUUUUUAAUAUUAUGAGCAUAUUUUGUGUAAUUUUGGUCAUUUCCAUGUGUUGUAUUUUAACGAACUCCUCCUAGAGAGUUCUUCAAAUCAACACCAAAUUUGGUAUGCCUAAUCUAAAGGCUUUUGCGAUGUUAAAUUGCGAAGAUCCUGACUUUUCGUUGAAGGGCGUGUCCGUGGCGGCCUGGCGAAUUUCGAUGAUUCGCCAUGAAAAAUGAAGUUGCUAUAACUCACACAUACAAUGACCAAUCUGCCCCAAACUUCACAUGUUUGAUGAGACUCCGAACCUGAACAGAUUGACAUGCCCAUAUUCAGUUAUAGUCAUAGCGCCACCUAUUGGCAACAGGAAGUGACAUAUUUUACGCUGCGACGAACUACUCCUAGAAAUUUUAUGACAUCAAUGUCUUUUUUGUGGUCAGUCUAAUCUAAAGGCCUGUGCGAUGUUCAGUUGUGAAGAUCUUGAGUUUUCGUUAAAAGGCUUGUUCAUGGCGCCGCAACGAAGUUCGAUGUCUCGCCAUGCGAAUAAAAGAUGUUAUAACUCAGGCAUAAGAUGUCCGAUCUUCCCCAAACUUCACAUGUGUGAUAAGAGUCCUGGCCUGAACAGAUCUUCAGGCCAAUAUUCCACCGGGUGUGGCAGAAUGGCUCUAUAGCGCCACCUAUACACUUUCAACGGAGUGCGCCUCGAGCUAUGUUUCACGUACAUGUACAAAAAUUGGUACACACAUGUAACACUCCAAUACCUACAAAAAAGUCUCUUGGUACGAAAUCCGGAUCCCAACAGGAAGUCGGUUAUUUUGAAUUUUCCCUUCAAAAUUGCUGUUGUUUUUGCCAUUUUCAGGGGUUGUACUUUAACGAACUCCUCCUAGAGAUUUAUUCAGAUCAACACCAAACUUGGUCAGUGUAAUCUAAAGCCCUUUGCGAUAAUAAAUUGCGAAGGACUUGAGGUUGCGUUAAAGGGCGGGUCCAUGGCGGCCUGACAAAUUUCGAUGUUUCGCCAUGAAAAAGGAAGUUGCUGUAACUCAGACAUACAAUGUCCAAUCUGCCCCAAACUUCACAUGUUGGAUAAGACUCUUGACCUGAACAGAUCUACAUGCCAAUAUUCAGUUAUAGUCAUAGCGCCACCUAUUGGCAACAGGAAGUUACAUAUUUUACACUGCGACAAACUACUCCUAGAAAUUUUAUGACAUCAAUGUCUUUUUUGUGGUCAGUCUAAUCUAAAGACCUGUGUGAUGUUUAGUUGUGAAGAUCUUGAGUUUUUGUUAAAAGGUGUGUCCAUGGCGCCGUGAUGAAGUUCAAUGUCUCGCCAUGGGAAUAAAAGAUGUUAUAACUCAGGCAUAAAAUGUCCGAUCUUGCCCAAACUUCACUUGUGUGAUAAGGGUCCUGGCCUGGACAGAUCUGAAGGCCAAUAUUCCAUCGAGUGUGGCAAAAUGGCUCAAUAGCGCCACCUAUACACUUUCAACGGAGUGCGUAUACACUUUAAACGGAGUGCGCCUUGAGCUAUGUUUCACGUACAUGUACAAAAAUCGGUACACAUAUGUAACACACCAAUAUCUACGAAAAAGUCUCUUGGUACGAAGUCCGAAUCCCAACAGGAAGUCAGUUAUUUGGAAUAUUCUCUGCAAAAUUAGUGUUGUUUUGGCCAUUUUCAGGGGUUGUACUUUAACGAACUCCUCCUAGAUAUUUAUUCAGAUCAACACCAAACUUGGUCAGUGUAAUCUAAAGCCUUUUGCGAUCUUAAAUUGCGAAGAUCUUGAGGUUUCGUUAAAGGGCGUGUCCAUGGCGGCCUGACAAAUUUCAUUGUUUCGCCAUGAAAUAGGAUGUUGUUGUAACUCAGGCAUAAAAUGUCCAAUCCUCCCCAAACCUCAGAUGUUCGAUAAAAGUCCUUCCCUGAACACAUCUGAAGGCCAAUAUUCCAUUAUAAUGAUAGCGCCACCUGCUGGCAACAGGAAGAUUGGCACAUAUAUGGAAUAAACAUUGAUAUAUUCUACUUAUAUUUAUGAGUUUAAACGCAUAUUUCUCACCGUUCACCUAUUAACUAAAGCCACUCGCUGCCGGUGAGCCCGGGUGCGAGGGCCCGUUCAUCGCUGCUUGCAGCUUUAAUUUUGAUUGUUUUUGGAGUUUAUGAUGACUGAACACAUGCAACUGAUCAUACGUGGGCUCCAUGUACUGUUUACCCUUUGUGUCUGCAGCUAGACUUUGCCCUUUCUGUGAAAGGAAUUCCCUAUGUGAAAAUGAUUUCCCCCAAUUCUUUUGCAGACCCAUUCGACUCAUUUGCUCACUCAUGACAGUGUAUUCUGUGCCUUGCAGGUGCCAAAGUCAUCAAAUGUUUGCAAUAAAAGGUACCUUCAUUUGUA